CUUGGAGGAGUCCCAGCCAUCGCCUUGGGAGUUCUUAAAUCGAUUCGCAAAAAGUCCGGCGGCGGUUUAACGAUCUAAUAACGCAGCGCGGCAGAGAUUUCCCCACCUCUUGUUUGUGUGUGUGCGCGUUUGCCUGCUGCGUCGAGUGUCGCUGUCUCACCAAUGGACAGCGGAGAAGACAGCAGCCCCUGGGACAGCCCUCUUCCGAGCGAACGGGAUCCCGUGAAGAAAGCCGCCAAAGACAAGAAGAGAUCCAAGGCGAGCGAGGGAGGCAGCAGCACGUGGGAGAGCGAGGAGGAGCCGGCAGCGUCGUCGCCCCCCCAUCCUGCCGUUUCUCCCGCACAGCGGCAAGCCCCCCCUCAGGGCUCCGAGCCCCCCACUGAGCCUCCGAGCCGUGCGGCCUCGCGCCACUCAACCGCACGCAGCCUGGGCAAGGCCGAGAGACCGGCAGCGGAAAACCAGCGCAAGCCGGCCAAGGCCUCCGAGAGUCUCGACGAGCCUGAGAUGGUGAGCCGCCUCGAUGGAGGAAGGGACAACGACGGCGCAGGCAGAGACUGGGGUGGCUCUGGCUCCGCGCCUCCCUUCAGCAGCUUCUACGAGUCCGUACAAGAUUCCAAUCCGCCGGUGCAAACUCCAGCGCUGAAGGGCGCGCGCGGUGCUCACAAGGCCAGCGUGUACGAGCCCUCUCCAUCCCCUCCGGAUCCAGCCCCCUCGCUCACCGCCAAAGUGGACAAUCGCGGUGGCCUGGGCAGGCUGUUUGGCGUGGAGCACGGCUUCUCUGGGUCUUCCCAGCGACUUGUGCAGUCGCCAAAGAGUGAGGGUAAAGGGGGACAUGAGGCUGUCGGUGUAGACGUGAGCUUUGCGAUGGAGCCCAGUGCGGAGAAGCGAGACACGGAGGAGCCGGAAGUCGUCUCGCCCGUGCUGACGAGCGUCGUUUGCUAUCGGGAUUUGAGGUACAUGUACAGCUACCAGCAAGGACCCCUCAGGUCAUCCAGGCCCCCCGUGGUGGUGGAGGAGGACGCCUACAUGAUGCAGCUCGCCGACCGCUGGGAGGUGACGGUGCGCCGCUUUUACCGCGAGCUCUUCGGCGCUCUGUGGCUGCUCGUGGCCACGGUGGCCGUCUUCGUGGUGGAGCUGGCCGAGUUCGCGGGCCGGCUGGCGCGUACGCUGCUCGUGGGGCUGGCCGGCGCCGCCAGCGACUACCUCCUCCGCCCCGCGCUCACCGUGUCCUUCAACGGCCUGCUGAGGCCCACGGCCGCCUUCACUCGCAGCCUCCUGCUGGCUUUGGCGGAGGCCGCGCGGCCCCUUCUGGCCCUGGCCGGCGAGGCUGUGGACAUGCUGGCGCGCACCGUGAGGGCCUUCAGGCUCGUCGAGGUCAAUGUGGUAGGCCGGAACCUGCGCACCAUGUGAGUGCCCGGGCCAGAUUGGCAGUAGAAUUAUAGGCGGUGGCUGCAUCGCUCGGGGAGUUGACAGUGGCCGAGUCGGGAGCCGUGGAGUCGUUGAGAGCCUGGGUUCAAAUCAUGGUCGGUUUUGGGGUUUUCCCACGAAUAAUGCGAUCAACAGAUCUGCCAAAUACUGCCAGCACUCGCUGAGAUGCUGGAUUCAAGCUCUAGGGGUUGUGUGUCUGCCUCAGGACACGCAUAAUGGUCAUGUCAGACUUACGAAGCGAGCACAACUGCGAUUGUGGGUUCGCGCCCUGUGGUGGUUGUCUCUUGGGUGGCUUAUAAUGGCUCUGUCAAAGAUUGCAUUUCAUUGGAUCCUGGGUUUGAAUCCAGGCUCCAGGCACCUGUGAUUAAACACGGCCAUCAUGUGUAGUGAGUUGAGACAAUUUACAAUCAGGUGGCUGUGUGUGACACUCAUAAUGGCAAUGCCACAGACAAUGCCAGCGCUUGGAGCAAGUGGUCCUCAGUAGCUUCACAAUAUCAGAGCAAUGAGCCUUAGAAUGGUUCGUAAUGGCUGUGGCAGAGAGGCUGAGCCAGUGCCACUUAUUUGCUUGGUUUGGCUCGGAGCAGCAACCUUGAUUACACAAUUCUUGCAAAUCGCCUGAUGAAGCUGGUUCUUGUAAACACCAGCAAAACGUCGUACUCAAAUUGUAAAUGUUGUGGGUUUACUCUGCAACACACCGGUGUGCUGAACUAGCAACUAAUUCACACGUUUUGCUUACUUGACAGACCUUUCUAAUCGGCUGUGUCGGGCGGUGGUGGGUUAAGGACAUAUUUAUAUUUACGCAAUCUAACCCAAAAAAACCUUUAUUAUGGAUAUUGGUCUGGAAAGCAACCUACGUGUAAAACAAAACUUAACACAUUCGUCGAUAACACCUCCGAUGAGCACGGUUGGCUACGUACGGCGCGAAAACACAUUCCUGCGGAGGGAGCUGGUAGGAACGUUGGGUUGCUCGGUCAAUGGCCUGCAGGGUCAACGGCGGCGUGGUGUAUUGCGCAAAUAUGCCCGACUGUGAAGGCGGGCACAAGCCGGUGUGAGUAGGUUAAACGUUGAGUUUUAUAAGGGCACCACGGGGUGACCAGCCCCUCUCCCACCCAGCCCCACCCCUCCCAUUUUUGGGUGCACGACGGACGGACACAAUAAUCCCCUGUGGGCUGGUGUAACCAGGAGGUUCCUACCAAUAUAAGUUCAACAUACGUUACGUACACCACUGUGGCCUGAAAAGGAAAAAAUAUAUAGAACAGGUGGCAUUUCGGGGCAAUGGCCCUUCUUGACGAAUGUGUUCAGUUUCUUUCAUGUUGUUUGGUGCUUAGGCCGCCGCUGUUAGUGUCACAAACACCCGCGAUGAAUCCACAAUGUCACUCUUGUGUAGUUGGAUAUCUCGGAUAACCCGUCACGUGUCAUAUUCUUCACUGAAAUUCAGCCGGGCACAAUUUUGGUGGGAAAAAACUUUCUAUAAAUUUGGCGGAUGACUCCGGUUAACACGGUUGGCUACGUAGGGUGGGAAAGAAGUUCAACGUACAUACACACCAAGCGAAUUUAGUAACCCAGGUGACUUGUGCAUGAGACUUCCUGGUCUCUUGAGAUCUCACCUGGUUAAACAAACUCAACUUUAAAGGUGAACUUUAUUUCAGAGCGUGACGGAGCACUGUAUCGGGUUUGGCUCAAGUUGCCCGUCAGGAUUUGGACUUCCGCUCAACCGUUCUUCUUUACGCGACUCGGGAAUCAUUGCAGGAGUUAUCGAUGAUGGCAUUUCUUUAGCUCGUAAAUUUAUACCCAUAGCAGCGCAGUUUGUACAGGUGAUAAAAUCAAAAAGGAUAUAUAUAUGCGUGUGUGUUUAUAAUGAAACUGUGAAUUCCGAAUGACUUCCAACUAAGGCGGUGUGGUGAUGUGCAUAUGCAAAGGUGCGAUGUAGCGAGAGACGUGGACACGUUUGGGAAAUUCCCCGAGCGUAGCGGGUUCACGUCCACAAUUGCUGGCGAAGUGAACACUUGGGAUCAUUUUUCCGCGAGCAUUUUGACGUAUUUAAUCAAAAUGUGUUCAUUGCAAUUGAGGUUCGAUGUGUUUUUUUUUUCAUUCAACUGUACAGCCAGUCUCAAUAAGCCCUAACAAUGAGUUUGAAUAUUGAGCAAAGUAUCUUCUAUUUUCGUACGGCCAAUGUCAGAUUCAGUCCGAAGUGAUUUAGCCAUUCAGUUUCUUUGUCAGAGAGUUGGUGAAUUUUUUUAUGCAUCACCUUUGAUUUACAUUUGGGACGGAGCGGAGUUAUGCGGUGCAUAGUUUUUGGGGCGCCACAGUGGCGAGAUGUUAACUACCUCGCUGGGUAUACAGGAGGUCGUGGGUUCAAUCCCGACCCUGAUGCCUGCUGCUGUAUAUUUGGAGUUUGCGUGUCUCUCUUCCCGUGGAUUUGACUCCCGAGUCCCCCGGUUUUUCCCUCCACAUUUAGAAUCGACAAGACGCGUUUCGAGUAUUUGACUGCUAUCAAUUUCCACGUGAUGAUGAUGAACCCACUUCGUUGAGCUAUCGUUUGUGAUAGCCAGGUCGCUUCCGUAAAAGAGCUACACAGCUCAGUGGGGCCUUACCUGGUAAAAUAAAAAAGUUUAUAGUUUAGUUUUGUGUUUAUAGCUACAGUCGCACACAGCGGUGUCUUUUAUUUCCCACCUGUGCAUCUCACGUGCUCAUCGCCUCUUCCAUGGUUUGCGCCGAUCAUGUUAAACGCUGUGCAUUGUUUCCGUGGAAAAUGGAAGCCGGACAGUGUAGUGGUGGGCUCGCUGAUGAGCUGUUUGUGGUGGAAGCUGGACAGUGACAGUGGGCUCGCUGAUUACAUGUCUGUGGUGGAAUCUGGCCAGAGAGAUGGUGGGCUCGCUGAUGAGCUGUGUGUGAUGGAAGUUGGGCAGUGUGAUGGUGGGCUUGCUGAUCAGGUGUUUAUCUUCCUGGUUCUUUCGGUAAAGUCACGUAGAAGGGAAGUAAUAAAACAAUAAAAAUAAAACAAUAAAAUAAUUCUCAUGACGUUAUUUUAUUGUGUUUAAUUUUUAUUGUUUUAUUACUUCCCUUCGACGUGACUUUACCGAAAGAACCGGGAAGAUGAAUCCCUGCAGUCGCAAAAGCUUUAAAUCGAAAGAUCAGGUGUUUGUUGGGCACGGUAAUUGAAGCCCACAAGCAAACUCAGACAUGACAUCAAUUCUGCCGUGUUGCACAGUGGUUAGAACAUCUUCCUCGCAAUCACAAAUGUUUGCGCUCACAUCUCGAUUCGGAAUUCAUUAUCAUCCCUCUGCGGCCAAUCAAAAGUAUCAAUGGAUGUCCUAUGCAGUGACUGCUCCCUAGCAUGAGAAUGUGGAAUUUAAAUUUUUGACUAAAGGCCAUCAACAGAGUUGAGCAUUCCACUUUCCUUGUUUAAGUGUCCACACACGUGGACUUUUUGACUUAGUCAAGUAUUUAAUCACUUACGUUUUAAUUUGUGACGAAUAUGCUUUUUGUUGUUGCUUAGCGCGUUCAGUUAUGUUUGCUGUAUUUUUUACUUGUGCAGCUUGGUUUGAUAACGUAUGAAGGGUUUCCAUUUGCUUUAGGAAUAAAAUACACAUAUUAGUA